AUGAAUGGUGCCUCAGAUGAAAAUGCCGAAAACAGAUUCGGAGAAGAAAAUGAGGAAAAUGAACAGUUUUUGCGACGGAAAGGACAACGGAAAUGCCGUCCUCAUGCUCUUGCUUAUCGUGAUACAAAUAUUGGUGGAUCAUAUAGUAAGGGAUGUGAAUUGCUUCAAAAGAAAGGAAUUUAUGUAUCGAUUUCUGGAAAAUCUCUGCUACUCGACAAGAGAAGGAACCACGAAACUUUCCAACAAAGAAAUCAGGAACCUCCAACGAGAAGGCGAUGGCUUCCAACAGGAAUGUCGACGUUUACUGUUUUUUGUGAUGAAGAUAAUGGCCAAGAGGCUAGCAGCUCGAAAGAUUUCAAGGAGAAUGAUCGGCAACAAGGAGAAGGAAGUAAGAGAAGUGGAGAAAUGUCGGCGCAAUAUUUACAAGUACCAAGAAAAAUUAGACGUCCUCUUGCAACUUUGUCACCUAAUCGUGAGGAUUUGGAUUCAGGGGAUAGUAGGCCUCCUUUUGCAACUUUAUCACCAAAUAGUGAAGAAUCAGAUUUGGAGGAUAGCACAUCAUCUGAUGCCAAUCUUGAAACUAAUGAGGAUGAAGAUGUUUAUCAUUCAAACGAUAGCAUUGCUUCCUCGGAUGAUGGUAGCAACAUUUAUACUAACGAGCUGCAUCCUGAUAGCGAAGUGUUACCUAAUGUUGAUUCGGUUUCAGAUAAUAUCCAAAGGACACUUAGAGAUGUUUCAAAUAUUUCUAGCCACGCAACAACUACAAGCAGUAUAAUGUAUACUAUAGAGGAGCAUGAGGAUCGAGUGCGUACGGAUCCAGUGUAUGAUGCGGAUAUCUAUGUUUAUAUGAGAUAUAGGGAAUUAAAACUUUGUGCUUUUGGAGAUUUUUUAGAAUUUCAAGAAGAAAUAUGCGGUGAAGUGAGAUAUCUUCUCGUCGAAUGGAUUUGUGAUUCAGCUCGAGAAUUUAAUUUAAGCACGGAAUCCCUACACAUGGCAGUUUCAAUCGUUGAUCGAGUCUUGAAUACAAUUCAAUGUCCACGUGAGAAGUUGCAACUACUUGGUGCUGUAGCUCUGUUGCUUGCAUCAAAAUUUGAAGAGAUCUAUCCGCCAGAAAUGAAAGAAUUCGCAAGAAUUACUGCUUACACGUUUCAUGAAACGGAAAUUAUAAGAAUGGAACGAAUAGUUUUUGCAAGAGUAGAAUAUCAAUUAUUAGCACCUACAUCAUGGUGGUUUGCCGCGCGAUUGGUACGUAUGGCUCAUGUUCCAAGAAUAAUUUAUUGCAUGAUGAGGUAUCUGUUGGAGCUUGCCCUUCUUGAUCAUACAUUUCUGGAUUUCCGACCAAGCGUUGUUGGGGCAGCAUCAUUCUUUCUCAGUAAUGUGAUCUUCAAAUCCGAUUAUCUGCUUUCGAUUACGGAGACAGAUAUUGGCCUUGAUGAACUUCGAACGCCUGCCCGAAAAAUGCUUGAACUCUUUCACGAAGUUCCGAAUAAGGAUUACUGUAGUGUUUUUGAGAAAUAUGCUGCGGAGAAGUACGAACAGGUCUCUUGUUUAAUACUCCCAGAUAAUUUUUCCGAAUUGGAUAUCAGCCAUUAACAUGCUUUUUCCCAUUGUAAACUCUUGCUCAUGUUAAACUAUUUUGC